GCCCCUUCGACUCCUACAACGUCUACACCGGCCCCACCGUCGCCAUCCUCUGCCCCGACCCCUUCCAGAGCAUGUAUGCGCAGAUGCUCUGCGGCCUCCUCCUCUCCGCCGACGUCCUCCGCAUCGGCGCCGUCUUCGCCUUCGGUUUUUCGCGCCCUCCGCCUCCACUGGCCCCAGCUCUGUCAAGACUUAUCCACCAGAACCCUGAACCCUGCUGUCGUCACCGACCCCUUCGUCCGCGAGGCCGUCGGAGAGCUCCUGACCAAGCCGGAACCCGAACUAGCCCAGCGGAUCGCCGCGGAGUGCUCGGGGGACAACUGGGAGGGGAUCGUGCGGCGCGUGUGGCCGAACACCAAGUACUUGGACGUGAUCAUGACCAGGGCGAUGGCGCAGUACAUACUGACGCUCGAGUACCUCGGCUGGGGGCUCCCGAUGGCGUGCAUGAUGUAUGCGUCGUCGGAGUGCUACUUCGGCCUCAACCUCCGCCCCAUGUGCGACCCUGCCGACGUCGCGCUGGAUCGUGUCCUGAUUGGAGGGGGUUGAGGGGGAAGGUGUACAGUGGUUUGCUUCAUGAGGCUCAGAUUGGCGAGGCAAAAGGUUGGAUGCGAUGUUGAAGGCCGUGGAAGGGGGUGGCGAUAUCUUGGAGGAUUGGUUAGUCUCUUUUUUGUUGUUUGAUCACUGCCUACUGAAGAUUAAUUGGUCACGGUGUAUAUUCAUUUUACGUUGUUCAUUUAACUUAUAAUUUUAAUGAAAACAUUGAUGUUUUGCUUUUCCAGGAUGAA